CAAAACAGGACAAUACAGCAUUUCUUAUUUAAUGUAUGCGUCAAGUUGCAACAUCUUAAUACUUAUCAUCCAGUAGCGGGAAGGAGAUAAAAUGCAAGAUAAAGAAAAGCUUAGAGAAGUUAAAACAAGGAGCUGUGAGGAGACGUUUAUUGAAGGACAUCAUGAAUGUGAGAUCUGCUACGAAGGUGAAGCUGACUUACACAAGCAUUGUGUAGGCUGUAAUAAGAAUCCAGGUCAUAUAAACUUCACACCUGUUAAUGAUUUUAACUUGGAUCAUCUCCCCUUUCUUUACCGUGACGACAACGUAUUUGAGGUAAUCAAAGCUUUGUCUGCUUUAACGGUCAUGAUAAAGGUCAAUUACACCAGUCUAGAGAGAUCAGAGUCUAGUCAGUAUCCAUUUUAUAACAUCAGAGGAAGUGACGUGUUGAGGACUGGGACGGGGUCGUUGUAUCGUGUGUACAGGCGCACAGAGAGUGAAGGUUGGAGGAUUUGUUCAUGUGGCAAAUGUAAAAACUCGGACACACCCAGUAAAAUAUGGUGGGUGGUCACUGUGAUGACAGCGUCACACGUGGUGUUUGAUCAGAGCGAAGCGGAAAAAACUAAAUGCACUUUAGAUAUUGAUGACAGUAAAAGUUCUGGGGUCAGCCUUGAAGGCUGGGAUAUGUGGUGUAACGGCGAGUUUUAUGACAGGUGUGAACUGGCUUAUGAGACAUGUGACGAAGCGCUGGCUGAUCAACUGGACAAAAAGUGUCAAAAGUUUAAUGAUCUGUGUAAAAUACUAAAGGAAAAAUACCCAGACGAUAGUUUACUGAUAAUAGUGUCACAUCCACAUGGCUGUCCUGAAAUGGUCUCUAUAGGACAAUUGAUUAAUGAAUAUAACGAACAUGGUUGGUAUCAACGCACGUACACAACCAGCACAUGUCCAGGUUCCAGUGGAGCAUAUGUGUACAGGCUGGGAACUUAUAUGUGGUCUCUUCCUCACAGCGGAACAAAAUGUGGAUUAAACUAUAGUGGGAAGGCUUUACACAAUUCUUACAAAAACUUAAUGCAUUGAAGCAUAGUUAAUCCCAAUUACAUUACAUUAUGUUUAUUUUUACAAGCUUUUAUUCAACUCACUUUCUCGUCAGUCGUCAGUUUGUCUGUCUGUCUAGAUCGAAAACCCGAGCAA